GUAACAGUGACUUUCGCACUUUCCACUGAUCUCACUGCUUUUCCACCAAACUUCACCAGAAAAAAAAAAAAAAAACUGCAUUUCCACUCUUUUUCUCACAGUUUCACACUUAAAAGGCCGUUCAGUUGCGCUGUCAACCUGAGAAAAAGCGAAAGCAGAGGAAGAAAUUCUCUCUCUGACGAGUCCCGUUCUUCUCGCAGUCUCCGCAAGAUUUUUUGCAUAAUCGAAGUAAGGCAAAGAUGAAUCCUCGCCACGAUCCGAACCCCUUCGAUGAAGAGGAAGAAGAAGUCAAUCCGUUCUCGAACACUGCUGCGCCUGCAUCAAAGCCACGGAUACCUUCAUUCAUACCUCAAUCCCUGGGUUUUGGCAACAAACAUGAUGCAACUGUUGAUAUACCGCUGGAUACAGUGAAUGAUACUAAGACAAAAGCAAAAGAACUUGCAGCAUGGGAAGCAGAUUUACAAAGGAAAGAAAGGGAGAUAAAACAGAGAGAAGAUGCUGUAGCCAGAGCGGGUGUCCCCACUAGUGACAAAAACUGGCCUCCAUUCUUUCCAAUUAUUCAUCAUGACAUUGCAAAUGAGAUACCGAUCCAUGCUCAGAAGUUGCAGUAUCUGGCGUUCGCAAGUUGGUUAGGAAUAGUUCUUUGUCUCAUAUUCAAUGUUGUUGUUGUGAUUGUCUACUGGAUUAAAGGAGGAGGUGUUAAAAUCUUUUUUCUUGCAAUAAUCUAUGCUCUAAUGGGAUGCCCCCUUUCAUAUGUACUGUGGUACAGGCCUCUCUAUCGUGGAAUGAGGACUGACAGUGCCCUGAAUUUUGGUUGGUUUUUUCUGUUCUACUUGCUCCACAUUCUGUUUUGCAUAUUUGCUGCUAUAGCUCCUCCAAUUGUCUUCCAUGGGAAGUCAUUGGCGGGUAUCCUUGCAGCAAUUGAUGUCUUCCGUGACAGUAUACUGGCUGGGAAAUCUCCGAAAAGAUUAUGAUGUCUUGGGUUCCCUUUUCUUUGGCUACUUCAUACUUUGAAGGAGAGAGUGAUGAUAUAAAUUUAUGGGCAAGGUUUCCUUCACAGCUGCCAAGUGGGUUUUCUUUAUGUGAUCUGCCUUUUUUGCCACAUGGCAUGAUCGGAUGGUGCCCAAAUUUUGUGGACAGAUAGAUCUCUAGUCCCCUGCUCACAUGUCAAGUUUCGGCCAAAAAAGGAAUUUGCGAAGUGUCCCAAUGGAGCUUUGAAAAAUCCAGUGCCAUGAGAGAGUGCACAGUAGUGGUGGGAGUACUGUAGGUGUGCAUGGACAUACAGUUGGGGGGGGUGUAUAGUUGAAUUUGUGCCUAAAGUAUGACAUGUGGCCCAUCGAGGUUCUCCUCUGUUUCCAAGAAUCAGAAUUGCCACAUCAUCCUGCCACGUGGUAGAACUAGGUGCACUGUAGAGACAAGCUUGUCUAUGCUGAGCCUGUAAAGGAAAAACUGACAAUGUAUCUGACAUUGUUUAAAAAAAAAAAAAAAAAAAAAAACUGUGCUCAAUUCUCUUAUUGUAAAAUGGACUCAUAAUUUAAGGCCAAGCUAGUAUUUCUUUUCUGUUACAUCACAGAUUUUUAUAUUUCUUCUCUUGUUCCUUCUCUUUGCACUUCUCAUUGGGUUCAAGUGUUUGAGGAAGUGAAAACUUAUGAGAAUUAUCUACUUAUAUUUUUUUUGACUUAUUCGUAGUUUUCUAUUUUCAUCA